AUGCAGCGUAACAAUCGCGUCGACAACGACAAUCGCAAACGCGAUAAUUGUCUUGCAGUCAGGGUUACAGCAAGAAACGCGCAUAAUACUUUCAUUGGAUCAAACCGACUUAAACCGACCCUGAACUCCUCCGUGAAAAAAGGCGUGGCACGAAUUUAA